AUAAUGAUUUUAUAACAAAUCAACUAAUAUUUUGAAUGUUAUUGUGUGUGUGUAUAUAUUAAUAGAGUUGCUUUCAUUUCUCCUUUUCGUUUUCUGGUAUGGUCUAAGGGAACCUAGUAUUGAAACGGAAUUUUCCUAUAUAUUCUUCUUUUGUACGUAGUUUAGAUUUUUGCUUUGCCAAUUAUACAAACAUAUUCUUGUAUAUAGAAUUAUUAACGCGUCGUAUCAUGCCGUAUAUAUAUAUAUAUACUACAUUAAUUAGCACAGUUUCCAUGCAUAUAUAUUUGGUUUCUUUUCUUUAGUUUUUCACUUAUAUAUGCUUUAUUAACAAACAGAAAAAGAAAAAAUCGAUUGAGAGCCAGGGAGGGAAAGAGAUUUUUUUGAGGAAGAAAAAAGAAAUUAAGAUAUGGGAGGUUGUUAUUCGGACAUGAAAGGAGGGAAAGAGGGGGUAGGUGGGGGCCAAGAGAGGCCCCUUGAGCAGGCCAUGGCAGCCAAUUGCAAUACCAGUGGCGCCCAAGGUCCCAAUGAUGCCGUAGAUUUCUUCUAUAGCUCUCGUUGUGUUCAUCCCCUCUUUACGCAACUUGAGUUAUCUAUGGCGGCUUCUAACUUAAUUGAUCGUGACAUCACUUCCAAGAGUGAUCCAAUGGCUGUUGUCUAUGCAAAAAAGAACAAUGGUGAAUUGGAGGAAUUAGGGCGUACAGAAGUGAUAUUGAAUACUUUAAACCCUACGUGGAUAAAAAAAAUUACAAUUACAUACCAAUUUGAGAUGGUGCAACCCUUGAUUUUUCAUUUGUAUGAUGUUGAUACAAAAUUUCACAAUCUACCUGUAAAGACACUGAAUUUGAAAGAUCAAGAUUUUCUUGGAGAAGCCAAUUGUGUUCUUUCAGAGAUUGUGACUAAACCAAGCAGGAGUUUAACAGUAAAUCUCCAUAAUAAAAAUGGGCAUAGGAGUGGUACUUCAAGAAACCUGGGAACACUCACUGUCCAUGCUGAAGAAACAAUUGCUUCAAAGAGUGUUGUUGAUAUAGUAUUCCGUUGUUCUAAUUUGGAUAACAAAGACUUAUUUUCUAAAAGUGAUCCUUUCUUAAGAAUUUCUAGAAUUGUUGAGAGGGGAGGCUCCAUUCCAAUUUGCAAGACAGAAGUAAUUGACAAUAACUUAAACCCCAUUUGGAAACCAUUAUCCCUGAAUAUGCAUCAGUUUGGAAGCAAGGAUAAUCCAUUGCUUAUCGAGAGCUUUGAUUUUAAUAGCAGUGGCAAUCAUGUACUUAUUGGGAAACUACAGAAGUCAGUGGGACAACUAGAAACACUUUGCAAGGAAGGAAUUGGUACAAACUUUGUAAUGCCAUCCACGAAAAGUAGUCAUGAAAAGGUACUUAAGGGCCAGUUGUUUGUGGACUAUUUUAAUGAGAAGCAACAAUUCAGCUUUCUUGAUUACAUUUCUAGUGGAUUUGAGCUCAACUUUAUGGUUGCUGUUGAUUUUACAGCCUCUAAUGGGAAUCCUCGACAAGCUGACUCUUUGCACUACAUUGAUCCUUACGGCCGGUUAAACUCUUACCAGAGGGCAAUAAUGGAGGUUGGAGAAGUCAUUCAAUUUUAUGAUUUUGACAAGCGCUUUCCUGCUUGGGGUUUUGGAGGAGUGAAACCAAAUGGUACCAUAUCUCACUGUUUCAACUUGAGCUUAAAUGAAAAUGAGUUUGAGGUUGGAGGAGUUGAAGGCAUCAUGUCAGCCUAUGCCAAUGCUCUGUACAAUGUUUCUCUUUCAGGACCUACUUUGUUUGGCCAAGUUAUCGACAAGGCGGCGCACAUUGCUGGCGAGUCUCUCUCGGCCUCCAGCAACAAGUACUAUGUACUGCUCAUUAUAACGGAUGGAGUCCUUUCAGACCUUGAAGAAACCAAAAACGCAUUGGUGAAGGCAUCGGAUCUUCCAUUGUCCAUUCUCAUAGUUGGAGUUGGUGGUGCUGAUUUUAAACAAAUGGAGAUUCUUGAUGCUGAUAAUGAGAAUCGAUUGGAGAGUAGCACAGGUCGAGUGGCUACACGAGACAUCGUACAGUUUGUUCCCAUGAGACAAUUGCAAAGUGGACAAUUAUCUGUUGUUCAAGCCCUUUUAGAGGAGCUGCCUGGGCAGUUUUUGAGUUACGUUCGUAGUAGAGAUAUCAAGCCUUGUAAAUUUCGUGGGGCCCAAACACCUGAUCUUUCUAUUUAGUUUUUUCAUUUGUUUCAAACAACUAAUUCUUGAAGAUAGAUAUGUACACAAAUCUCUUCAUUUUUUUUAAAUUACCUACUUGAUGAUGUUAUAGUCUUUUAAUGACUCGUUGUCUGUCACAUUUAAACAUUCAGCAAAAUCUUUGGAGCAAGGAUAAUAAAAUGACAUUAGACUA